AAUCCUAUUUCUAAGCUCUUCUUUUCAGCACGGAAUUGAUGGAUCUUUCCUCCUCGUUGCUUCCUUUAACCCUUCUUAUUUUUCUCAGAAGAAGCUUGUGCCGAAACAUGAAAUUAUAACCUAAAAAUAUUGUCACCAUUCUGAGACAUUCAGGACUCCUAAAGUCUCCAGCGAAUACGAUGCCCCUUUCCACCUGCUUUCCUCCUGCUUUCUCAGCAGCUUCCCCUUUACCGAGAGUGAAUGCCGUUUAACUUUCCGUUUUCUUCUCUCUUAAAAUCGUCUUCUCUUCAGUGUCCUGUAAUGCCGUAUGUUCGUGGAUUGUGACUGACAUUCUGAAGACCCGUUCUGGGAUCGCAGUUGCACAUAUUCUAGAUUCUAUCGUUUAAAAGGGAGCACCAUGUCAUGGCUUUCUCUGCGUUUAUUCAGAGGCUUUUCAUACUGUUGUGCUGCUCACGCUGGAUGAAGUUUCCACGCGAUUUCAUCGAAAUCUCUUGUUUCGUUGCUUUAAUAUACGCGGUUUGGAUGGCCUGUUGAGAUUUGUAUCGCGUACAGAGUGAUAUAGAGGGUUUUGGAACUGUAUUGUUGCUGGGCUAGAGUUGUUUGUGAUGGUUCUCAAAAGGUUUGUAGGGCAAGAAAAGUGUGACGAGUCUUCUGCUCCAGAAGUAAAGCGACCUCGCCUCCUGAUUGCGACAAUGAGAGACGUCAUGGGAGCACAGUGUAUGCAGACCCACUUGUCAAAGCUUGAACCAUUUCUCCGUCGCGUGGUGCAAGAGGAGGUGCAAAAUGCAUUCAAACAUCAUGUGCACUCAGUUACCAGUAGAAUACUGCCUACAACUCUGACCGAGCCCAAUGUUAGCAGACUAUUUCAGCUUCAUUUCCAUAAUACUUUACCUCAAACAAUUUACACGGGCAGUAGAAUAGAAGCUGAGGGUGGAGUUCCUCUUCAGGUUCUGAUUGUAGAUGUUGUCUCAAAAUCAAUCGUCACUUCUGGUCCUUUCGCAUCAGCCAAAAUUGAGAUUCUCGCUUUGGAUGGAGACUUUGGUGAUGAGGAUGAUUGGUCCGAGAAGCAUUUUGUUGAUAAUAUAGUACGCGAGCGUGAUGGAAAAAGGCCGCUGCUAUCUGGAGAGCUGAUAAUUACGCUGAGCCAAGGAGUUGGAUAUGUUAAUGAUGCUUCUUUCACUGAUAAUUCCAGUUGGAUAAGAAGCAGAAAGUUCAGAUUAGGAGCACGAGUUUGCUCAAGUAAAUUGAUGGAAGGAAGAAUUCGAGAGGCAAAAAGUGAAGCCUUUUUAGUGAAGGAUCAUCGUGGGGAAUCGUACAAAAAACACCAUCCUCCAUCACUAAACGAUGAAGUGUGGCGUUUGGAAAAGAUUGGUAAAGAUGGUGCUUUCCACAAGAGGCUCGCUGAAAAUGAGAUUCAUACUGUUCAAGAUUUCUUAAGGAAUUUAGUCAUGGACUCAUCCAAGCUGCGAAGUCUGCUGGGUAAUGGAAUGUCUAACAAGAUAUGGGAAGCUACUCUAGAGCAUGCAAAAGAGUGUGUUCCAGAUGAUAAGCUGUAUUCUUAUUGCGGGGGAGGAGGGUUUAUCCUCAUCUUCAAUUCUAUAUAUCAGCUCAUCGGUGCAAUCAUUGACCACAUAUACCAUCACAUGAAUGAACUGUCUGCAUCACAGAAGAUUAUAGUGGACAAGUUGAAAGAACUUGCUUACAGAAAUCAAAAUGACAUAGCUGAGCUGACACUACCUGUUCACACUUUUACAAAGCUACCAGCGAUAGAUGGUUCCAUAAACCCGCCUGUCUCAUGUUGGCCUGAACCUCAGGUUCCAGAUAUCCCCGCUGGGACACUUCAAGAUGAGCCAAACAAGCUUCUGCUAAGCGUUCCACGCAGCGGACUUUUAGAAGACCUCAUUCAGCUGAAAGACGUUUUCGGCCCAACUCAAAGAUUUGGUUCCCUCAACAAUUAUAAUUGCCAUGAAAGAGAGUUGUUUGACCUCCCUGAAGGUAAAGCGAGCGCCAUCAUGACUACUGAGCAGCCGUUUGCUGGACACAACAAUUCUGAUUUUGAGCUGCUGAGUUCUUUUAUGCCUCCAUUAUGGGACCAUGGCAAGGCACUUUCUCGGACGUCAGAUGGCUCAUUAGGCUUUCCGACAUCACAAACGGGUACAAGUGCUCGUAUCGGAUCUAGCCGGUGGGUUAAGUUGAUUGCAGCGCUUAAAUGGCUGUUCAUAAUGCGGCAACUGGCUGCAAGAAAGGCCGUAGAGCCUGCCAAUGUGAAUAGGAUUACUGAAAUUGGAUACCCAGCGUUAACAACUGCCAUGUGCACUGAUGCGACAACAUGGUGGUGAAUUUUCCUGUGUUGAAAAUGGUCUUUGGAUGAAGUGCUCUUCUGGCUGUUGUUCUCUAUACUUGCUAUAUUUUUAAUAGGAAUUUAGGACUUUUCUUUCUUCAGUGCAGUUAGUUGUAUAAUCUAAAUGUUGACUGAAAUAUUUUUUGAAAA